GGGCUGGCGCCGGGGUGGGGGUCCCCCCUCAUCCCUGGGGCUGCCCCUCUCCUGAGCGCCCCUUCUUAUCUCGGCAGCCCCUUUCCCCGUGCCGAGAUGGAGUUUGACUCGUACCAGCACUACUUCUACGAUCACGACGCCCAGGAGGAUUUCCACCGCUCCACGGCACCCAGCGAGGACAUCUGGAAGAAGUUCGAGCUGGUCCCCACGCCCCCGCUGUCCCCGCUGGGCACUCCCGGGGACAAGGGGUGCUGCUCGGCGGCGGAGGAGCGCCCGGGAUGGCUCUCCCGGUACUGCCUCGCCGGGGAAGAGCCGGAGUAUCUCAUAGGGACGGGGCAGAUCUUCGGGAACCUGAGCGCUUUCAUCCUCAAGGAUUGCAUGUGGAGCGGAUUUUCGGCGCGGGAGAGAUUGGAGAAGGCGAUGACCGAGAAACUUUCCACGGGCACGCAGAGAGCCACCCCGCACAAACCGUCCUUCGCGCAGGAUUUUGGCUUCAGCAGCUCCGUCAGCGAGUGCGUGGAUCCCGCUGCCGUCUUCCUUUGCCCGCUGGCAGAGAGCAAGAUCCCCGCAUCCUCGGGAUCCGAGGGCCAGAGCGAUUCCGAAGGCGAAGAGAUCGACGUGGUGACCGUGGACAAGAGACAAUCUCUCGGCCUGAGGAAGCCGGUCACCAUCACGCUCCGUGCUGACCCCCUGGACCCCUGCAUGAAGCGCUUCCACAUCUCCGUCCACCAGCAGCAGCACAACUACGCCGCCCGCUCGCCGCCAGACCCCUGUCCCCCGCCCGAGUCCCCCCAGCAGCACCAGGAGGAGGACGAGCCCCCCAGCACCGCGGAGCCGGCCCCUGCCACGACCUCGCCUGAGCCCGGCUUGCCAAAACCCAGCGGCAGCCCCGGCUCGGACAGCGAGGACGUGGCCAAGAGGAAAAACCACAACUACCUGGAGCGCAAGCGGCGCAACGACCUGCGCUCGCGCUUCCUGGCCCUGCGGGACCAGGUGCCCGGGCUCGCCGGCUGCCCCAAGACCCCCAAAGUGGUGAUCCUGAGCAAAUCCUCGGAGUACCUGCAGUCCCUCAUCGGCGCCGAGAAGAGGAUGGCCGCUGAGAAGCGGCAGCUGCAGCUGCGCCAGACCCAGCUGCUCAAAAGGAUUGCUCACCUCAAGGGGCACUAGCACCCGGUGUGUCCCCCCCACCCCUGGUCCUCACAAACCCCCCAGCUCCUUCUCAAUUUGCACAUUUUUUUUUAUUUUUUGGUUGCUUGUCGAACUGUUGGCCCCGGGGGCUGGAGCGCGUAGCAGUGGGAAUGGGUCCGGAGCAGAGACCCCAACAGCAUCACAUCAUAGCUGGGGUUGGUUCCUGGCACUGGGUAUUCCAAAAUUUCCCUCAUCCCUGCUGUGAAGCUUCCUCAGUGACUGCUCCAGUUCAAGAGCUCAAAUUUAUUGCCCCACCCCAGCAGCCCCUGCACCACUCUCUGCCGUUUUCCACCGACAGCAUCACUGGGAGCUACCCCUGAGCAUCCAGCUCGCCCUAAAAAUCCCAAGCAACCACGUCUGCCUUGGCUCCUGGAAGCAGGC